AUGGCGCAGAUCCUUUGUCUACUCGCUCUUGUACGACAUGUACAUGACGACGAAGCUGAGCACUCUGAAGGCUUUCACAUGCACCCAGGGAAUUUUGAUCUAGCGAGAAUAGGUAUGCAGAUGGGCUUCCAUCGCGAUCCUUUAUUACGGUCCCCGGAUAUGCCGGUGCUUGAAGUUGAGACACGUCGUCGUUUGUGGGCAACUAUGGUCGAGUUAUCUCUUCAGCAUAGUCUGGACGAAGGUUUGCCUUCUUCCCUAUCACCCGAAAGCUUUGACUGCAAAUCACCUUCCGAAAUCACGGAUGAAGAGUUGGAAUCAGGUCUGGUAUCGGUGGAUCCAAAUCACAAACUAGAGACUCUAACAGCUUCUACCAUUUUGGUUCUACUCUCACGAACUCAACACCUUCGACUUCAAUGUCUACACCUGGCCAACUCACCACGAGCGUCAAAGUCAUACAACGAUAGCAACUAUCUCGCCUCGGAGCUUUACUCUGCACAUCGGGACAAUACGAAUAUUCUUCGAGGCAUGGAUAAGAAACCUUCAGGGUUCCAACUUCAACUACUUCAAGCAUACACCUUGGAGUUCAUUCGCGCCCUUCAUCAGCCUUUUGUAGAACAGUCUACCUCUCAAUCGCCAUUCCACUACUCACGAAAGGUCGUUAUGGAGACGGCGAUGCGCGUCCUCGCCUGGCCGCCUAGUCUAGGGCUCAUAGCUGGUCCUGAAGACCGAGACUUACAGGUUCAUGAGACUGACCCUUGCGCAUCACUUCGUAUCCAUGGUCAGGGCUACUUAGGUCGUGUUCAGCGACAGGCCGCAGUGUCACUAUCGACCAAUAUCGUCAGUGAUCUAGAAGAUGGUGUUUUUGGUGCAAGCUGUGGUGCUUCGUGGAAAAAGACGCAUAGUGUUAUCCACGAAACUCUAUUGAUAGUUGAACACCGAGUGAAGGUGUCAUCAGGUGCUCACGGCAGGAAAGAGCUGCUUUUUCUAGCUGCUGCUGAAGCUUAUAUCAAAGGUCUGCUGGGUGAUUUGCAGCAAAGGGAUAUUGAAGAUGCGAUAUAUCAAGCGAUAGAGAGUGCAGUUGGCUUGUGCUAUGAGGCUGUAGAUCAAAGAUAG